UUCUCAACCCUUUCUUCUUCUUUUGGUUUAUUUCUUCUCUUUGUGAGUGUUCUUCCUUUGGAUAUCAUUGAUCUUUCUAGCUAGUUAUAGUGAACUGAAGAACCCUUCAAUGGCUACCAUGGAUAUGCUCAACUCCACCAACGAGGUUGCGCUAAAGGUGAGAGAAGACAAUAUUAGUUCUACAGAUGCUACAACUGUGAAUAGAAACAGCAAUGAAAGUUCACAGAGAAAAGCUGCUCUUAAAAUUAAGAAUUCCCUCAUUUGGAAGAGCUCGGGAGGGUGGAAGGCUGCAAGCAUCUUGCUAGCGAAUCAAGGCCUGGCUACUCUAGCUUUCUUCGGAGUUGGUGUUAAUUUGGUUUUGUUCUUAACAAGAGUUCUUGGUCAAGACAAUGCUGUUGCUGCAAAUAACGUAAGCAAGUGGACUGGCACAGUCUAUAUGUGUUCUCUUAUUGGAGCUUUCCUCAGUGAUUCAUACUGGGGCCGUUACUUGACCUGUGCACUUUUUCAGCUUAUCUUUGUUGUGGGGUUGCUUCUCUUAUCGCUGUCGUCUUCGAUUUUCUUGAUCAAACCGAAUGGCUGUGGUGAUGAGGUAGUAGCUUGCACGCCAGCAUCGCCCGUUGGUGUAGCAAUAUUCUACUUAUCAAUAUACUUAGUAGCCUUUGGAUAUGGUGGACACCAACCCACUAUAGCUACAUUUGGAGCAGACCAAUUUGAUGAGCAGAAACCUAAAGAAAAGAGUUCAAAAGCAGCUUUCUUCUGCUACUUCUACUUUGCACUCAACUUUGGAUCUUUAUUCUCAAACACCAUUUUGGUAUACUAUGAAGAUUCUGGUGAAUGGACACUUGGGUUCCUGGCAUCAUUAGGCUCUGCAGUCAUAGCCUUAGUAUCAUUUUUACUGGGGAGUCCUGGGUACAGGUACACAAUACCCUGUGGCAACCCUUUGCCUCGAGUUGCUCAGGUAUUUGUAGCUUCAGCUAGGAAAUGGGAUGUUAUUCCUUCUAAUGCUGAUCAACUGUAUGAAGUAGAAGGACCAGAAUCUGCAAUCAAAGGAAGCAGAAAGAUUCUUCACAGUAAUGGGUUCGAGUUCUUGGACAAGGCAGCAACCAUGACAGAGGAUGAUCUGAUGCACCAAAAUGAUCCAUGGAGGCUCUGCACUGUAACUCAAGUUGAGGAGGCCAAAUGUGUCCUAAAAAUGUUACCUAUUUGGCUAUGCACUAUAAUUUACUCGGUUGUCUUCACACAGAUGGCUUCCCUCUUUGUUGAGCAAGGAGAUGUCAUGAGCUCUAAUUUUGGAAAGUUUCACCUCCCAGCAGCUAGCAUGUCUGCUUUUGAUAUCUGCAGUGUCCUUAUUUGCACUGGAAUUUAUCGCCAAAUCCUGGUGCCCUUAGCAGAAAAGUUAAGCGGCAAUCCUAAAGGCUUAACUGAGCUUCAAAGAAUGGGAAUUGGGCUCAUUAUUGGAAUGUUUGCAAUGGUUGCAGCAGCUGCCACUGAGAUUGAGAGGCUCAAACAUGUUACUCCAGGCCAAAGGAUAAGCUCUUUAAGCAUAUUUUGGCAAAUCCCACAAUAUGUACUUGUGGGUGCUUCAGAGGUUUUCAUGUAUGUAGGUCAGCUAGAGUUCUUUAAUGGGCAAGCACCAGAUGGGAUAAAAAGCUUUGGAAGCUCACUUUGCAUGGCUUCAAUCUCUCUUGGAAACUAUGUCAGUAGCUUGCUGGUUAAUAUGGUAAUGGGGAUUACAGCUAGAGGUAAGAAGCCUGGAUGGAUCCCAGAUGACUUGAACAAAGGCCAUAUGGACAGAUUCUACCUCCUGAUUGCAGUGCUUACAGCUUUUGAUUUUGUCAUCUAUUUGUUCUGUGCAAAUUGGUACAAGCCUAUCAAUCUCCAAGGAAGUGAGAAGGAAACUGAAAUGGAGAAACAAGAAGGUGAUGUGCUGGCAAGAAUUUGAUACUGAUGAAAUGGAGGGGCCAAAUCAAUUAGAUCAAGUCUUCUUUCUCUUUGUGCAAGUAUCAUUCUAAUAAGCAAUUGUUUAGGAUGAUCUCCAUUUCUGCAAGAAGGAAGCAUGACCUUUGUUUCUUAGGGAUGAUUGCUUUCUUCUCAGGAUACAUAGUAGGAUUUGAUAUGUUGUCAAGUUUGGUUAUGUUUGUUUUUCAAGCUUGAAGUUUCAUGGAGGUUAACAGUGGAAUGCAUAUUUUUCUUAUAUA